AUGCACCGCGCAGUUUUCCUCAUCACGACGCCAAUCUCUUUCGGUGUACUCGAGGUUUCGCAGUCGAGUUACAAGCUGCUUGCGCGACACGUUGGAAUGAGUUUGAACAGCGUUAGUCAUUGGGCUGUUUGCGUCAUUGAUAGAGGGCUUGGGGAAUGUUAUUGCUACGAUUUGAUGAGCGAUAGGUUGGAGUUGACGAUGUUGGGGAAGAAUUACUUUCGCGUGGCAGCUAUCACGCCUGAGUUUGUUAAUACGUGGAGUUCGUGCUAUUAUAUCGGUGAGACGACAAAGACGCAUGAUGAAAUACAAGAGAUCGGUAAUCGACAUAUCGGACGCAAUCCUCGGUAUUCGCUACUAUCAAAUAACUGCCAGCACUUGGUCGACAGUCUCGUCAAGGAACUAUGUAACGGCAAAGUUAUCAGUCAAGCAAAGCUAGACGAGGAACUAUCUCUGGCCUCACCAAAGAUUGCACGCGACUUGCUUGUAGGAAGAAUCAGAUCAAAGAUGGAUGGUGGAGGUAGAUACCCAGAAUACCAAUAG